ACACCCACCCGAGCCUACGUCGACUUCUAUUUAAACAUUUAUCUUCUGGACUUUCUAGCAUACCAACAUUGGCCAUAACCCUCACAACGCCCGUUUUCGUUGAUUCCCACCGUCCAUUCCGCAAUCUGCAACUGUAACCUUUCGACUAUCUCCUAGAGUUCUCUGUCAAGUUGCCACUAGCUAUCUAGGGUUCUCUUAAGUUACCACUCGCUAACUUCCCAUACCCCACCAGGAAUUACCAUAUCUGUAGCGCCAUGUCGAAAGGCCGUGCGGCAUUAUUCACAUUCCUCAUCACCUACCUAGGCCUCUCAGCGGUUGGAUUUUCGUACUUCGCCUCGUUUGUCCACAAUGAGCUAAAUCCAUAUUUCGCUGAACAUGGAAUGGAGAAACGGUCAAGCGACGCCCAUGAGGUCUUCACGCAUCUCCUUGUCUCGGCUAUCCUUCUCUGGUGUUCGGUCUUGGUCGUCAUAUUGGUCUUUUGCCGCGAGACUGACCGCGAGCGCUCCGGAUCUACCUGCGGAUCUGGCAAAGGAUUCAUAUUCUGCCUCUUCCUGUAUGUCUUGGUCGUCUUGGAAAGCCUGACGUUCCCACACGUCUGGGACUCGUGGCAAUACUUUGAGGCGAACAACCUUCCUCACUUAGCAAGCAACUGUCAUGGCUUGGGGGGGAUGACUCUUGCGUUUCUCAUCCUUACUACGAUCAUAGGUAUCAUUAUAACCAUAGUCUUUUCCUGUAAUUCUGAACGGGGACACAGGUAA